UAUUCUCCAUCACUCUCCUCCCCUCACACUUUACGGUCCUCACUCUCUUUCUUACUGCUCGUACAUCACACUUGCAACUGUGUACUUCUUUGCUUGUCCUACCCUUUCCGUCUUCAGCCCCCCGUUCACGCUCCCCUUGCUCAACACCGCUUCCCACGGUAUCUAGCACUCACUCUCCCACGACACUCCAUCACCUAAGCUGCUCAACAUGUUCACAAAGUCUCUCGUUGCCGCAGGAGCUUCUCUCCUUGCCGCCGUCUCCUCGGUCUCAGCCGCUGACAGCGCUGCUUCCUUCAGCUACGGAACGCCCAACCCUACUCGCGCUGGAGUCGUAGCCACCUCUACCAACGGCCCCACCAACCCCGACUCCCCCAAGCUCGGCACAGCCAUCAACCAGACCUCUGUUGCUCGUCUCCUUUCCGUCAACAGCAUCGACGAUUGGUGCACCUUCGCCUCCCCCAACGGCGAGAGCAUUGCCGACGUCGAGGGCGAAGUCGUUGCAUACUGUACUCAGGCCAGGAACAACGCUCGAGUCAUCCCCGAUGGUACCCUGACUGCUGUUCACUUCAUCACCACUCCCCUCUACGUUCAAGUCAUGGCUCUGGGAGACUUCACCAAGAUUGGUCUCCAGGCCGGUGACGAGGGAGGUGAGCUUGACCCUCACGGUGCCACCGGACUCGGUAACCCAGUCGGCGGUAACGUCACCUCCAACAUCUCUGGCUCUGACGUCUUCUACGAGGAGUGGAUGAACUACGUUGCCUACAACGAGAUUUGCAUCCGUAUCUGCAUUGCCGGUACCUCCAUUGCACCUACCGCUCUCGAGUGCCAGCACACUCUGGACGAGAUGGGAUGUGAAUGGGUCAUGCCUGGUAGCUACACCGACAACGUCUUCGAGUCUUGCGACGCUGAUGCCGCCUGGCCCCCUGGACUCUUCUCCGUCGAUGGAAGCACCUCCACCUUCCAGCAGUACUACUCGUCUGUCUACACUGACGGCAACGGUGGCAAGCACACUUUCGUCAACGGAUCACCCGACCAGUCGACUCCUGCUGCUGCUUACUCCAAGCCUUCCUCUUCGUCGUGCACCACUAUCUCGACGAUCUCCAACGGCAUCGCCUCUCUUGUCAGCGGCUCGUCUAGCAGCUCUUCGUCCUCUUCGUCCGCAUCGUCUUCGAUGAGCACCUCUACUUCCAAGGCGGCUGGUGCCGCCUCUUCUGGUUCUAGCGCAGCAGCCUCGGCUACCGCGUCUGCUGGCUCGGCUGCCUCGAGCUCUACCUCUGGCGCUUCUGGCCUCGCCGUGGGAGCCCUGGCCGCCUCGGUCGCCGGUCUCAUUGCCGCUGCCGCCAUGCUCUAAGUAGGGUCGCGUGCUUGUUCAUGUCUCCUUCCUGCUUUCCUGUCCCCUCCCUGUUCCCAAUACAGACAAUGCCUUGAUUGGAGUCGUGGCCUUCCUAGUCCAGUGCUCGACUUCCCUACUUUGCUUCUCCCCUGAACAUAUAUUUCUGCUUCUCAUGUCUCAUCAUCACUAUCUCUUCGGCAUUUCUGACAUAGCAACGGAGGCUGCAGCUCCUUGGAGUUGUUUAUACCAUGCAUGCA